CAAAAUCCACACACACAAUACAAAAUACAAACCAUAAAACUCACAUCUUCUUUACCACAAUGCAGUACUACGAAAACCGUGAGAAAGACUACUACGAGGUGGCUCAAGGCCAACGCAAUGGUUAUGGUCAGAGCCAGAGCCACGAGGGAUAUGGCCAGAAACAGAGUCGUCCAGUAUAUGGGCUUAGCCCGACUAUGAACCACCGUAGCCACGGUGGGUUUCUUGAUGGGCUCUUCAAGGGUCAAACUGGCCUAAGGGGUCAGAGUGGCGUAGGCACGUUUCUAGGUCAACGCAAGACCCAAGAUGCUAACAAGGGUCAUGGACAUGGGAAGCUCCUAGGGCAGCACCAGAAGAAAACUCAUGAGACAAACAAAGGUCUUAAUGGCCUUGGAAUGUUCAUUAACAAUGGAGAGAAGAAACAUAGGAGGCAAAGUGAGCACAAGAAGAAGAGCAAGGAUGGGCAUGGCAGUGGAGAUGAGAGUGGAAGCAGUAGCGGUAGCGACAGCGACUGAAUCUGAUAUGGUUUUUCUAAAGAAAGUGAUGCUUCUAAGUUCUAAGAGAUAUAUAAAAAAGUACUCAGAUGUAAUACUCGAAAUAAAGCCGCUUAGGUGUGGUUGUGUCUUUGUGUGUAACCUUAUGUAACCUCGCUACUAUGAAUAUAUUUUAUGCCUUUGCUGUGAAA